AACAGUUCCCAUCGAGAUUCCGGCGCGGAAGGACAUCACGAUGAAAUUGCUUUGCAUCCUCGCCGCCUUCCUGGCAAUAUCGCUAGGAGAAGACACAGACCAAAAGGAGAUUGAGGAUUCAGAAGCGGCCGCGUCCGUGGAACUCCUUAAGACAAGUUCAGACGUCCUACAGACAGCUGCAAGUAGCUACAACUACUAUCCCAGCAAAUAUGUAGAGCCGAAAAACAACGCUUACUACCCCCCCACUCCCAGUAACAAUAACUACAACCAACAAUCCUACUAUCCUAAUCAGAAUAAUUAUUAUCCCCAAAAUAACUAUGUCCCAACACAAAAGCCUUUCAACCCUCUUCAAGGUAAUUAUCCACCACCUCAAAGCAGCUAUGUGCCUCCUCAAAAUGACUAUAUUCCCCCCCAAAAUACAUAUGUACCCCCUCAGAAUGACCCGUAUGUUCCGCCCCAGAAUACAUAUGUGCCGCCAAAUAACAACUAUGUGCCACCAAAUAACAACUAUGUGCCUCCAAACAAUAACUAUGUGCCCCCGAACAAUAACUAUGUCCCUCCUAGCAAUACCUGGAAUCCCCCAGCGAAUCCUACAACGACGACACCAAGUUCCAUCAUCAAGAAUGAAAUAAACUUCGGUGACAAUGGCAGCUACAAAUACGAGUACGAAAUAGCCGACGGCACCCACGCUUCUGAAGAAGGCUACCUACUGUACCCUAACACUGAACAGGAGAGCCUGGUGAAAAAAGGGUGGUACUCAUACAAGGGUCCCGAUGGAAAGAUCUACACCGUCACGUGGUGGGCCGACCAUACCGGGUUCCAUGCCAGCGGGGACCACAUACCCACGCCGCCGCCUAUCCCACCGGCAAUUCAAGCAUCCAUUGAACAGAACGCGAAAGAAGAAGCUCAGAAAGAGGCAGAGAAGAACAAGCAGCCACAGCAGACAUACCCCACUCCAGUCCAAAGCCCCCAACCAGGGUACCCCACACAGGCCCCGUACCCCACACAGCCAACCUACACCCCCCAACCCGGGUACUACCCCCCACAACAACCGUUCUACCCCCCUCAACAAACUUACUAUCCCCAACAGAAUCCUUCAUAUGGUAAAAAAUAACGACUCUAGAUUUAGAAUGGAAUAAACAUCUGAAUCGAAUCACUUCAUCUACUUGAUAAAGAUAAUAGGGUGACACUAUGAAGUCUAGAUUUCAAAAUGUGCCACGCCCAUCUCUGCAGUUACCUCAAAUGAUAUAGUUAACCGUAAGAUAUUAGAUUAAUAUGAUAAUGUAGACUAAAUUAAUACAUUUUGAAGUGAUUUGAUUCCAGAAGUUCCGUAUGAUAAAAGGAAUUCACUUUGAGUUUUAAGUACGUUAAUCAGUAAUCAUAAUCACGAUUAAUAUUGUGAGUACGAUUACUGUAGCAUGAAAGGUUGUGAUAAUUAAGAGUGCCAAUGUAUAAAAUAAAUUUUGUGAUAUAA